GUGAGAGAAAUCCCUGAAAGAUGAUGCUUCAGUGCAGAAGUUUUGUGUUUUCUUGUGAUUCUUUGUAAAUAAACUUAGACUAGAUGUGGUCUCAGUCAGUCAGAUCGGUGAUUUCCAGAUGUUUUCUGCAUAAAACAGCAAGACUGGGCAUGAGAGUGUUGCGUAAGCUAAGUGUAAAGAACAUCUCAGUUUGAACACUAAAUGUUUCUGCACAGAUUCCAGAAGGAAAUCUGGUUCUGGUUUGCAGAAUGUUCAGCCAUGUGAUUCUGUUGUUUCUUUAUGCUGUGAAGCUUCCUAAACCUUAACCUCUGCAUGACUUAUACAGUUUUUUGUUUUUAUAGUUUUCCAUAAAUAAAAUUCAAGUCGCUUAUGAAAAUUGUAACAAUUUUAAUCCAAUCUGAUGCAAAAACUAACAGCUGUGCUUCUGAAUAAUACAUCCUAAAUCUUUCCACCUUUGUCCUUUUUAACACAAAAGGUGACUUUGUAAUCCUUUCCAUUGUUUUAUUUCUCGGGUUUGAUUACCAGGCAACACCUGCACACAAACACAGAGCAAUGAAACCUGAGACAAACUUCUGUAACUAAAUAACUGUAAACCCCCUGAGACCCUGAGGAAUUUCACCAUUGUUGCUGUGAACUCGGGGAACUUCGACUGCACGAGAUCUGGGAGUUAUGUAAAGCUUGGAAAACGACCUUCUGAAAACCUUCAACAGAAAACCUUUGCAGUCAGUUUUUUUCUCUGAAUCGUUGGUUUUGGGCAUCCUUACUCAAAAUAUUUGUUCUGGUGAAGAGGCUGUUGAACUGCAUGUUCAUAGGUCCAAAUCAGGACAAAACAUAUAGAACAACUAGAAAUGAGCAAAUAAUCUUUGAUAAACAUAACAUUGUGUUCAUCCAAGUGUUAAAUUGUUGGUAUUGAAUAUUGAUCACAUAUUUUAUCUAAACACAGAUUGUUAUAGCAGACAUGUUUGCUAACUUCCACAGCAGCUCUUUAAUGAAACAAGCAAAAAUCAAAUAUAUAAUAUUUACUCAUUGCGUACUUUGAAGCUGCAGUUUAUAAAAAAAUGUUGUUUUUUUUCCAUAUUUGAAAAUAUGAUUGAACAGUUUAUGAGACAGAAAAUCUGUGGAAAGAUGAAUCUCCUCCACCUCUUCUGUAAGCUACAGACUGAAGAAAUACACCAAACACAACCAACCAGAGGCAGGAGGCGGGGCUUAGCGCUGUCAAUCAACUUAAUGUGCUCGCUGCUAAAUGUGCUAAUGGUAGACUAACAACUUACUGUUAUGAACCACUGAAGGAAAUGACACAAAAACCUCUGAAGACACUGAGUGCAACUUCCUUCUUCACAAAAUGGAAACACUAACGGAGUGGCGUCAGAUUUUAGCGGUUGGAAGAUUUAUCUUUUUCUUUUUGUGAUAAAAGAACACAAGUCAUUUCCCCAGCUAACAUGAGACUCACGUUUGUUUUGGUUGUAUUUACCCAGAAUGCCGAGCACUUUAGUCCACUUCCUGCUGUUGGCAUAGGCUCUGGUCCGCUUAGUGUUCACAUAUGCAUUCAAACCACACUGGAGUUCACUUCAAACAAACCAAGAUGGAGGUUUGUAGACGGACCAGAGUUAGAUAUUUUUUUGAUCAGAGUUGGAUUACGCAUUCACGCCUUCCCAAACUUUCCAGAUAAAUGGACUGGAGUUGGAUUAAAGUGGAUCCAACAUUGACGGUGGGAAAGAACCCUAACAUUGCACGUGAUGCUAAGUUGAAUUUCUAGCUCCUAAUCAAGUGCUCCCAAAUCGCACCGAUAUUUCUACUUUAAAUAAUUAUUAUUAAUUGACUAAUGUAUUGCAAGAAUCUCAAAUUGUUCUUAUGCUUUUUCUUUAAAUGGUGCUAAAUGACCAUAAUCAGGGGAAACACAUCACAGCACUUUGUAAGUUUUAAAGUUCUGUGCAAUGUCACAGAAAACCUUGUUGACUAACAUUUAAUGCAAUGCAACUCACUGGAGAAAAAACUAUCACAGAAAUCAGAAUAAAAGUCAUUCUUUGAGCUAAGCUAAUUAUUUUUGAUGAAGUUAUGUUGAAGGCUCCAUCAGUAAAGUUAAUCAACCUUUAGUCAGAUGAACUGUAAUGGCUACCAUAACAGUUUCCAUGGCCACGAGUCAAAGUCUCUACAGGACACAAAAGAAUAAUUAGUUUGAUGUUUGUUCAUGUAUAUUUAUGAUAAUUUGUGUUGCAUUCAUUUUGUAAAGGACUGCCUGCAUUACAAUAAUUGUUUUGGUAAAUAAGAUCCAAUAAAAUCUGUUCAAAAUCUCAGAAUCAAAACGCUCCUAAAUAUUUUCUUCAAGCUCAGCAGAAAGUUCAGGAACUCUAGCAUGAAUCAAGCAGAACAAAGUUUGUUUGCAAGCCAGCAAUAAGCUAGUUCAAAUCAGCAUUAGCAGGAUUUAACUCAUGUUUUUACUAAUCCAUUAGUUAUUAUUAAAUCCCUGAAAAUUAUGCAAAUUUCAUACAACCUCUAAUGUCACGGUUAGACAAGACUGUUGGAACCAUAAAGUGCAAAAUCAUUAGCUGACUAAAUGUAAGUUUUAAUGAAACUUCAGAUUGAUUUAUAAAUGUUUUAUGGAUAAUUUGUCACUGCAUUCCCCAAAGAUCCCAACAGAUCUUGAUUUUAAAGAUGUUACUGUAAAGGCUCCAACAAAUUGAGGCAGACUCAAAGCAAACAUCCACUAAACAUAUUCAUGCAAAGGUCAGUUUAAACCUGGGUUGGGCAAUAAAUCAAGUAAUCAGAUGUUCUAUUUUUGAAUAUUAAAUUUUUGGAAAAUUUGGAUUUCUUGGGUUUCCAGAGAUGUUAUCUCACCCAAGAACUACAAUCUUGUUUGACAAGCGUGUUUUAGAGCUUAUGCUUAUUUAAACUCUGAACUCAGGUCGACUCACAGAAGGAAUUAUUGAACAGCCAAUUUUUCAAUUGGCUGUGAAAAGAAAAUCUAACUCUAAAAGAAAAUUCUAAAUUGAAUUUGGUAUAAAAACAAUAGGAGAUUUUGUUUUUAAAAUAUAUCCCCAGCCUUAAUUUGAAAAACUACAAGUUCACAUUGAAUUGCUUUGUAUGAGACACUGAGCUCAUAAAGUUGAGAGUAUCACCAUAUUGAGGACAAAAUGGAUUAUAAUUUUGAAGACAGUUUUGAUGGAAGCAAUUGUAAAACACAGAAACUUGUAUGAUCAAGGAAUCAUACAAGUGAAAUGAACAUAUUUGUCUCAAGAAAUGUGGGAAAUCAGUAUGUUGAAGGCUCUGUAUCAGAGCUGCACACAGAGUCCAUGCAGCUCAUACACACUGUACGCCUCGGUAUAUUGGAGCCUUAACUGUAAUUUCAGGUUCUGAAUAUAACAUAGGCUACAUUCACACUGCAGCCUGCGCAGCUCAUAUCCACAUAGAAAAUGUGAACGACCACGCAACAAAAGCGUAUUUCACAAAAGACUUCAAUUGAACAUUAAGGCCUGCAGUGUGAAUGAAGCCAUAUGGGUGAAUGUGGUCCAAAAGGGUUCAGGAGGAACUCAUGGCGAUAUCUAAUACCUUGACAUUUUGUGUCAGAAUUUCUUUCAGAAAUGUAUCGGCUGAUCCUGCCGACACUGGCAGGAUCGGCCUGCUCAUCAAUCGUGAUAAAUGGAGGGAGAGUCUUGGUCUACCCUUUGGAUGGAAGUCACUGGGUCAACAUGAUCGUCAUCGUAGAAGAGCUUUACGCUCGGGGCCAUGACGUUACCGUGGUGUGGCCAACAAAUUCCUGGUACAUCAAGCCAGACUCCCCCUACUACAGGUCCAUUCCUAUAAACAGUACAGCAGGUUUUGAUCCAAAAAGCUUUGCAUAUUAUGUAACAGGAACCCUAAACAAGCGACGCCAAAGUUCUUCAUUGUGGACCCGCAUGUUUUUGGAGUAUGAUCUACUCACACAGCUCUAUGAAAUGCAUAUGCAUGGGCUUCAAACGGUUGAACAAAUUUUUGAGGAUGAAGCAUUAAUGCAGAGUCUCCAUGAUGCUAAAUAUGACUUGCUUCUUACUGAUCCUGCAACUGGUGGAGGAGUUCUUCUGGGUCACCGUUUGGGUCUUCCUCUUGUCUUUAAUGUCAGGUGGACGUUUAAGGGAGACCCACAUGAGGCUAUUGCACCCUCCCCACUGUCUUAUAUACCGGUAUCCGGGUCAGAACUGUCUGAUAGAAUGACAUUCAUGCAAAGGGUCCAAAAUGUAUUGUAUUAUUUCCUCACUUGCCUCCAAAUGCGGUUCAUCACAGAUCCAAACUACAAACCCUUUGUCCAUCGUCACUAUGGCAAAGAUGUAGAUUACAUAGAGCUGUUCCAAGCAGCUGACAUCUGGCUUAUGAGAAACGACUUCACCUUUGAGUUUCCAUGACCAACAAUGCCAAACAUCAUCUACAUGUCAGGAUUCCAGUGCAAACCCUCCAAACUUCUCCCCAAACAACUGGAGGACUUUGUACAGAGUUCUGGAGACCAUGGUGUCAUCGUGAUGACAUUGGGGACAUUGGUAGAAAAGCUCCCUGACGACAUCACUGAAAACAUUAAUGCUGCUUUUGUUGAGCUUCCCCAGAAGGUGAUCUGGAGGCACAAAGGGAAGAAGCCAUCCACCCUUGGCAACAAUACCCUAAUCUUGGACUGGUUACCCCAAAAUGAUCUCCUUGGUCAUCCCAAAACCAAAUUGUUUGUGGCUCAUGGAGGCACCAAUGGAAUGCAAGAGGCCAUCUAUCAUGGCGUUCCCUUGGUUGGCUUGCCACUCAUGUUUGAUCAACAAGACAACUUCUUCAAGAUGGCAUCAAGAGGAGUAGCCAAAGUCCUGGACAUUGCAGAACUAAAUAAAGAUGUCUUCUUGGAGGCUCUGAAGGAGGUUCUCUAUGAGCCUUCAUACAGAGAGAAGAUGAAGGAGCUGUCCAGCCUCCACAGGGAUCAGCCCAUGAAACCUCUGGAUCGAGCCAUGUUCUGGAUCGAGUUUGUCAUGAGGCAUAAAGGAGCGGCCCAUCUGAGGACUGAGUCCUACAAGAUGUCUAUGAUCCAAUACCACUCUAUUGAUGUUUUGGCAUUUCUGUUGGCAAUUAGUCUGCUGCUCUUUACUGUUUUUAUUUCCGCAGUACGUUUUUUAAGGCAAAGAUUAUACAGUCAAACGUAAACUAAAAUUGAUUAAAUUGCUGCAGCAUAAAAUUUUGCAAAGACAAACUAAAAUGUUGAUUUUAAAUGGAAAAACUUAAAUACUGCUUCUCAGUUUUAAGCAGAAACCUUGUUAACGUGUUUCCAAAUAUUUCUAACCACUGUAUCCAAAAAUUACAAAUAAAAACUGUAAAUGUCGACUUGUUGUAUAGUCUGUGAUUGAUCGAUUGACGAGUUUUUUUUAAAAACAAUUUCAAUCAAAAACUAAUAAUUCUACAUAUUUAUAUUUUGGGGAACAUCAUAAGGGAUGUCUAUAUUAAGCCGACUUCACUGUUAGACUUGAGUAGCUUGAAUUCCUAUUCAAGUGUUUAUACAUUCAUCACAUCUUUACCUCAAAUUUACAGAUUUGUUUCAGUGUUGCCUGAAUGUUAAUGAUUAUGACAUCGAAUGCAAGAAAGGUGUUAAAUGGCUUCUCUGUGAAUUAAUCAACUUCGAGUUCAUUUAAACUUGAUUUGAUACUCAUCAAGUUGCAAUGUACAUAUACGGAAGUCCAUCAAAAGCAAAAAACCGCAUAUAGGAGUACUUACCAGUAAAUAAAAACUAGUGGAUAUCUUUAUAUCUUGAAAAUGAUUCUACAGAACAGUUUCCUUUGUGUAUCUCAAAUAAUUUACAUCGUUUUAAGGUUUUAAUAUUAUAUGUGAUGUUUGUCUCUUACAAUCAGCUGAAUGUAAAAUUAAAUUAACUCCCAUAAAUCUGAAAUUUAAGUUUCUUAAAUUCUUUAAUAUCAACAUGCUCCAUAAUGUUUCAAAGGCUCUACAAGAAUUAUGACAAUACAUUUACAUUGAAAUAAAUAUCCAAGUGAGGAGAAUCAUUUUUAAAAUUUUGACAUUUUUUGUUAUUUUAUUUCUUGGUUCUUGUUUUAUCCUCUUUUUUGAGGAAACAGAAUUACCUGUGCCCACUGGAUGUUGGCAUUUUCAUUUGAAACCAAAUUAAAGCAACACAGACCACUGGAGUAUACACCGAACCAAAAGACUCAUCAGAAACUCUGGUUAGUUCUGGAUGUAGGAAGACUGCUUGUUACUGCAUACGUCCAUUAGCUUAAUGUAGAGAACAUUGUCUCUUGUGUUUUAAGAAUUACUUUUAUCAUAAGUCCUUUGUUGGGAGGGUCUGAUCUGAUUUC